AUGGGACUCCAUCCAGUGUCGGAAGCUAACGACUCAAGCCCAUACGGCUCUCUCUCCGCCGCCGAAUUCUACUCCCGCCACUCCGUCACCCACUCCUCCGCCUACGUCACCAACCCAACCGGCCUCAAACUCUUCACCCAAUGGUGGGCCCCACUCCACCGUCCUCCACUCGGCCUCAUCGCCGUCGUCCACGGCUUCACCGGCGAAUCCAGCUGGUUCCUCCAGCUAACCUCCGUCCUCUUCGCCAAAUCAGGAUUCCUCACCUGCGCCAUCGACCACCAAGGCCACGGCUUCUCCGACGGCUUGACCGCUCACAUCCCGAACAUCGACCUCAUCGUCGACGACUGCAUCUCCUUCUUCGACGACUUCCGUAACCGCCACUCUUCCUCCCUCCCCGCCUUCCUCUACUCAGAAUCCCUCGGCGGCGCCAUCGCUCUCUACAUUACCCUCCGCCAGAAGUCCCAAUGGGACGGUCUCAUCCUCAGCGGCGCAAUGUGCUCCAUCAGCCACAAAUUCAAACCUCCGUGGCCGUUACAACACCUCUUAACCAUAGCCGCUACUCUCAUCCCCACCUGGCGCGUAGUACCCACUCGCGGCUCCAUCGCCGGCGUCUCUUUCAAGGAGCCAUGGAAACGGAAGCUCGCCUUCGCUAACCCUAACAGAACCGUCGGUAAACCACGCGCCGCAACGGCCUACGAGCUUGUAAGAGUCUGCGAGGAUCUUCAGAGCAGAUUCGAAGAAGUCGAAGUACCGUUGAUGAUCGUCCACGGCGGAGACGACGUCGUCUGCGAUCCGGCCUCCGUCGAGGAGCUUUACCGGAGGUGCAGUAGUAAAGACAAGACGAUUAAGAUCUAUCAAGGGAUGUGGCAUCAGCUGAUUGGAGAGUCGGAGGAGAACGUCGAUUUGGUUUUCGGAGAUAUUUUGGAUUGGAUUGAGAAACGAUCUGAAAUCUGA